CAAGUUUUUUUCCCAGCGAUCACGAUAUUUCUCUGUAUUACCAGCAACUUCGCAGAAAGACGAUCGCGUUCUUGUCUACCAUUUCUCUCGACCACCUGUUCUUAGUAACAAACUUUUGCCUAUUGUCUACUUUCCGAACACGCAUUGUAUAUUCUCUGACCUCUUUUAGUCUCUCGAAACUCAUAUCAAAAUGGAGGAGCCACCCCUGGAAGACGACCCACCGUUGACGUUUGAAGCGGCGGCGCAGCUUAUCCGUCCGUAUUCGAUGCCGCCCGUGGACCUAGUUGUGGAUGGAAGAAAGUUCCAGCUUCGCUAUUGGCUCUACGACAGUAGAAAACAGGAUCCGGCGAGGAGCGGCGUCAUGGUGUGCUUCCACGGCAUUGGCGGCUGCAAAACCGACUUUGCGGCGCUGGUCAAAGGCCCGUUGCCCGGCCACAUUGGCUUCGUCGUUGUCAUCGACUGGCCGUUUUUCGGGGGAAACUGCAGUUCCGAGUGGGAUGCCUUGACCUUGAGCGAUUUUCUCUUUCGACCACCUGGUGAGGCGCCAGAUGAAGACGACGUCCGCUUCCUCGCAAAGUUCGCGAACGAGGCGGUGAAACAGAAAAUUUUACCGCCCAUACUGAAAACGCUACAGUUGAACCAGAAGCUGGCCAAUGCGAAAAGGGCGAAAACAAACGCAGGCGACGGACAAGCAGUUGCGGGUGGUGCUGCAACACACUUGACGGAGUUUGAUACGAUAGCCCCGCAGGCUGCGGUAAAGGAAGUCACUAACGUCGACGACCUGAAAAUCGACCUUGUCGGGCACAGCUUCGGCGGGAUUGUGGCGCUACACUAUGGAAUCCUGUUUGCGUCGCAGUUGAACUCGUUAACUGUCGUCGAUUCUGCGCUGAUAUAUCCCAAAAGGUCAAAUCUUGUGGAUUGGGUCUUGAACAAUUCGCCAACAGAAAGCCACUACAUCUCAGAAUUCCACGGAGUGCGGAAUCGCGAUUUCCGCGACUUCAUAAAAGGCGGGAACCUACCCGGGUAUUUCUACUGGGAUGCGGUGCUGCAGAACCAUACUAGCUCAGUCGGGUUUCACCGGUACGCGAAGGUGAUGCGAGCCCACAUGGACGAGGCAAAAUCGGCGGAAUUGUACUUGCAGUGCAGAGCGAAGCUUGCCGACAGUGGCGGAAAAGAAAAGCUAUUUUAUGUUGCUGCGGGCGCGAACUUGACGUUUGUUCAGUCGACGUUGGAUUUUCUGAAAGAGCACAACCUGCCGUUUGAAACGGUGGAUAACGCUGGUCAUUUUAUUUCUAUCGAUAAGCCAGAAGCCUUCUGUAAGGUGUUGGCUAAGCAACUUUGAAAUUACAGUGCCACGCGUGCUUCGGCGCAAAGGACGUUCGGAUAAUGAAUCCUUCAAAACUACUAUAUCG